AUGCAACUACUGUUGGGCACUUUAGGCUUGGAACUUUCCUUGUUUUCUUCGUUUGAUUUUGGUCUAGUAGGUCUGAAUUUGUUAAUUAUCAAACCGGGUUAUUCACCCGAAUGCGCUUUACAUUUGCCAUCUUUUACAGUUUGGAUAUCUUUGAUACCGAUUGGACAAUACCUUCUCAUUAAGAAUCAGCGGGUCAGUAAUUUGGGCAUGUCAGCUUUGUUCAAUUUUCAAAGUCUUCUCAGCGUUGUGCUGUUACUGAUUUGUACAUGUGCCUAUAUCAGACACUUCUCUCCUGCAUUACUGGAUGCACAUAAGCACGGCUUUUUGGGUCUAUUCUGGAAAUGUGCUCGUAUUGGCGAACGUAAAAGCCCUUAUGUUGCCAUCUGCUGCAUUCUUAUGGCUGGCGCUGUGAUAUUCGGGUCGUGA